AUGGAGGACAGCCUCAGGCAGAAGGAGCGUGUGAAGUCAACUCACAUUAACCAGAGGUGUAAAGGGGCAUCCCACUAUGGCCUCUCCUCUGACAGGAAGCGGCGUUCCCAGGAGGGCGACUGCACCGACAGCACGUCAGAGCUCACUGUGGCUACGCUGCCUGGGGAUGGUCCUGCCUCCGCUGCCGUGGCCCUCCUAUCAGAUGAGCCUGGCUUGGUCAACCCCGCCUUUGACCCUAGUAUGGAAGACAACAGCCAAUCAGGCAGUACCACCAGUCUGGCUGCCCGUAGCAGCAGCAAGAAGAGUGAGUUCAGAAAUUUCGACCGGUCUUCAGUGAGGAGCCGCUCCUUCAGAAGGCUGAACCGGGCAUUCAGCGUGCUGAGGAGGACCAAGAGUGGCACGGCAGUGAGCAAUGAGACAGUUGAGGAAAGGGACAAUGCCAGAAAUGCCAAUGUACCACAGGAAGUUCUGGCUCUUCCCCAACUCCAUCACCUGAUCCCUGAUGGUGAGGUUACUAGUAUUAAAAUCACCCGGGCAGAUCCUGCCGAGCCUCUGGCCAUCAGCAUUGUUGGGGGCAAUGAGACUCCUCUGGUGCGCAUUCUCAUCCAGGAUAUCUACAGAGAAGGUGUCAUCGCCCGCGAUGGACGCCUGCUGCCCGGGGACAUGAUCCUGAAGGUGAAUGGUAUCGACAUCAGCAACGUACCCCACUGCUACGCCCUGGCCACAUUAAAACAGCCUUGCCAGCUGCUGCGGCUCACCGUGCUCAGGGAGCAGCGCUAUCGCUACCGCUCACAUGCCCACAGCCACUCUCAUGGCCACGGGCAUGCCCAUGAUGCUGCCGGGGGGUACCCGCCUCACGGCAUGCCCCACCAGCCCAUGAGAGAUGAUGGCAUCCACGUGGUGCUGAAUAAAAGCACUCCAGACGAGCAGCUGGGCAUCAAGCUUGUGAGACGGCCGGAGGAACAUGGCGUUUAUAUCUUUCACCUGCUGGAGGGGGGCCUGGCAGCGCGUGAUGGACAGCUGUGUGUUGGUGACCGUGUGUUGGCCAUCAAUGGGCAUGAUCUGCGCUACGGGGCACCAGAGCAUGCUGCAUUGCUCAUCCAGGCAAGUGAGGAGCGGGUCCAUUUCAUAGUGUCUCGUCAGAUUUGUCUGCCCACCCCAGACAUCCUGCAGGAGGCUCCGUGGGGCAUGGAUGGUCCCCCGCCAUACUCCCCUGUGGACAUGGAGCAAACGCUCCUGGACUCCUGUCAAAAGCCUGCAUGCUAUGAAAAGACAGUUACCCUGACCAAGGAACCAUAUGAUUCCCUGGGUAUGACAGUGGCGGGGGGCAUGUCCAGUCGAGGGUGGGAUCUGCCCAUCUACGUCACAAAUGUGGACCCUGAUGGAGUGGUGGGACAGGAGGGUUCCAUCCGCAAAGGUGACAUCCUGCUGAACGUGAAUGGCCUGGAAUUGACAGGGGUGACGCGAGGGGAGGCUGUGGCCAACCUGAAGAACACCUCCUCUCCUGUGGUGCUCAAGGUCCUGGAGAUGCGCCCCCCUGAGGAAUGCCAGCCUGAAUGUACCUUGCCCCCCUGUCUCACCACCUCACCCACAGACAGCACCAAGAGCCCGCUGCCCAAUGACGACUAUGCCCCGCUGUGGGUGUCAUGGCUGCAGCUACCCAGGCACCUCUACUGCUGCAAAGACAUUGUUCUUCGGCGGAGCACCUCGGGCAGCCUGGGCUUCAGUAUCGUGGGAGGCCAGGAAGAGGUCAACUGCAAUCAAUCCUUUUUUAUCCGUUCCAUCGUCGAGGGGACGCCGGCCUACAACGAUGGCAGGAUACGUUGUGGGGACAUCUUGUUGGAGGUGAAUGGGAAGAGUACAUGGGGGAUGACCCACACGGCACUAGUGCGUCUGCUAAAGGAGUUAAGGGGCAGGAUCACCCUGACCAUCGUUUCCUGGCCGGGCAGCCUGCUGUAGCAGGGCUCCCAGCUAACCCGCGCUGCUUCAAUGGCACCGACAGAGGAAUGUGGAAAGCCGAGAUUAAGACUGACUUAACCUUCGGGAGCUUGCUGUGAGGGAGGGGCUUAGACUAGCGAUGUAAGUGUGUCCACCAAACUCCUGAUGGACAGCUGAGACUUUGCCAGGAGUUCAGAGAGGCCCGAAAAUGGGACUGGAGUUUUAACCAGAGUUAAACUUGCCCUUCCAAGGACGCUGUGCUGGGAAUACGAUGAACCCGAGCCCCUCUCACUGGGCUGCUGGGACAUAUCUGACUGAAAGAGAAGGUCAUUCUCCGACAUGACGCUCAAUGAAUGGGAUGGGGAGGGGAGACAACAAAUUGCCAAUUCCAGCAGUCAUAUGUUUAGGGUAUGCAUUGAGUUGGACAAAUUUCUUUACUGUAAGUGUUGGGUGUUAAAAAGAAAUACUGAUCAAAGCACUUGUAAUAUGUUUUUUUGGUUGUUUGUUUGAUUGCCUUUGAUUAUAGGCUGUUUAGUUUGUACUGACAGUGGUUGUCAUCUUCAUCUGUUCGAAUCAAGGACGCAUUGCCAAGUAGUCGUCUGUGUUGAGAUGUUUUUCCAGAAGCUGUUACUAAAUUAUCAAACCACUGGAAAGAAAAAAAUAUAUAGAAAAAAAAGGAUAAAUGUGUUCAUAAUCUGUUGAAAAUAAUAUUUAAGGUGACAUUGUGGAGGCCUUACUGACUUUCCUACUUUUGAAAAAAAAACGGAGUUUGUGUGUUAAAACUCGGUGGAUGCGUCUGGGGCCCAUCGACCAUGGUUCUGUCUCUCACACUUCAGCCUGUGUAGUAUAUCUGAUGGUAUAUUUGGUUAAAUAAUCAAUAAAGUCAUUUGAAAAGAAUCUUUUCACAGGAUUUUGGCCUCGUAGGCAUGCUGUGGCUAGUCACCCUAAUUAGAAAAAAUUAACAAUUCAGGAA